CUAAAUCCACAACAGUAAAAUCAGUCUGUAUGUGCAGUAAAACAUGCUUGUUAUACUCACUGUGGAAUCUAGUUUAUCUAAUUUUCUGCAUGGUGUAAAAAUGAUGUUUGAUCCUGUCUUCUCUGAUUCUCUCCUUCUUCUACUGUCCCCAAUUCAUCUCCUGAUAGAACAGACUCCCGAGGGCAAGCUAUACAUGCUCAGUUUGGUGUGUAUUGCUGGAAAGCUUUUUUUCUCUUGGGAGAAGUGCAUGUGAUCAGCACAGACCAAUCAGCACUGUCCAGACAGAGGUCAGGGGUUCUGCAUCC